UCUCAUCAACCACCACUCUUUCUUUCUCUUUCACACGCAUAAAAAUCUCAACUUUCAAAUUCAAAACACUCAAUUCCUCAUUUUAAUAAUUAAAACAUUAGUUUAUUAAUCUAUAAAUCACUUCUAAAACCCUAGAUCUUCAAAACCUUGCAUAAUAAACCCCCUCUCACUUUGAAUACUACACCGUUUCCUUUAUCCAUAAUGUCCGGUUUCAGAGGGAAUCCCAACGGACGCGGUGGCCGAGGCGAGAACCGCUUCUAUAAUCCUCCGCAUAUUCGCAAACAACAACAGCAGUUGCGGCAACAACAGGAAGAAGAACGGAGACUAGAGCAGGAACGUGAGCAUCAGAAAUUGAGUGUGGCGCCGGUUACGGUGGGGCCAGAUGAUGAAUGUGAAUCGUCGCCUUAUUGUCUAAGUGAAUCGACGAAUUUGGAUCGGUUCUUGGAGUACACCACUCCCGAGGUUCCAGCUCAGCAUCUGCCUAAGACUAUUUUAAGGAGAUGGAGAAACCAUGAAACAGAAUUUUGUCCAUACUUCAUGCUUGGUGAUUUAUGGGAAUCUUUUAAGGAAUGGAGUGCAUAUGGAGCAGGUGUUCCUCUUUUGUUGGAUGGGAAUGAAUCUGUCAAGCAGUACUAUGUUCCUUACCUGUCUGCCAUUCAACUCUAUACAGAUCCGUCAAGACCCUCCACAAGGCUGAGGAGGCCUGGUGAGGAGAGUGAUGCUGAUACGUCCAGGGAGACAAGUAGUGAUGGUAGCAGUGACGUUGGGGUAGAGAGGCGAAUUAAUGCUUUUGUUCAGGGGAGUUGGAGCCAGCAGAAUACAUCGGAUGAAAAUAGCCAGAAGUUAAAUAGGCUCUCGCUGAGAAACAAACCCUUGAUGGGUUCAUCAAGUGAUGAAAGUGAGAUUUGUAACCCUCCUGGCAAGCUUAUAUUUGAAUAUUUGGAGCACGAUACUCCAUUUAGUCGUGAACCUUUGGCUGACAAGAUUUCAGUUCUUGCAUCUGGAUUUCCCGAACUUAGGACAUACAGGAGCUGUGAUCUCUUACCUUCAAGUUGGAUAUCUGUGGCAUGGUAUCCAAUAUAUAGAAUACCUAUGGGUCCAACAUUACAGAAUCUUGAUGCCUGCUUUCUGACCUUCCACUCCUUGUCAACACCAUUUCAAAGUACGAGAUCUGAUGGAUUGUGCGUCCCUAAUGUUACUACCAACGGGGUGCACAGGGUUGACAUGUCCUUCAAGCUACCAUUGCCUACUUUUGGGCUUGCUUCAUACAAGUUCAAAGUUCCAUUCUGGAACCGCAAUGGAGUUUAUGAAUCUCAGAAAGCAAAUUCUCUGUUGCGAGCUGCUGACAACUGGCUUAAGCUUUUACAAGUAAAGCAUCCUGAUUACAUUUUCUUUAUAUCCCACAACUCCUACUUCAGGUGAGGGUGUUUUCCCUUUAAAAACUCAAAAAAGUUUUUAUACAA